AUGUCAAUUAUCACCUCAAAAACCCAUUUUUUUCACCUCAAUAUCACCCCAAAACCCAAUUUCACCUCAAAACUAUCGUUUCUCCAUCUCAAUUUCACCUCAAAACCCUCAUUUCUUCAUCGCUCAUUCCCUGAAAACCCAUUUCUCCACCUCAACAUCACCUCAAAACCCAAUUUCACCUCAAAAUCCAUUUCUCCACCCCAACAUCACCUCAAAACCACAUUUUUUUCACCUCAUUUCACCUCAAAACCCUCAUUUCUCCCCCUUCCUCCCGCAGGCGUGAGCAAGGACCUGGUCGACGACCUCAACAAAAAUGUCACCAACAAACCCCCAGGUGGAGGCGGCGGUGGAGGAGGCGGCGGCGGCGGCGGAGGAGGUGGAGGAGGCGACGGAGGAACGUCCCUCACCCAGCUGGAAUCCCCGCCGCCCACCCACACCUCCCACGCCCUCAUCCACGCCCAUCAUCACCAGCAGGGGCCGCCCACGCUCGCGAACCUCGAUGCCCAGUCUUCGGCCAACACCGGUAGCCACAGAGCCGAUGUAAGUGGCUUUACGGUUUCGGGCGGCCUCGGCACCAUGGGCGUGGGCGGCAGCGACUCCGACAAAUCCGUCAAACCCAAACGCCACCGCACCCGAUUCACGCCCGCGCAGCUGAACGAAUUAGAGAGAUCGUUCGCAAAGACUCAUUAUCCGGACAUCUUCAUGAGGGAGGAGUUGGCCAUGAGGAUCGGCCUGACGGAGAGCAGAGUCCAGCAGGAGUUGUACCAGAAGUCGGAGUCAUCCACGAGGCCGGACCGCGAUCGUCCCACUCAUCCGCUGGUACAAUAG